UUACUCGCUGACUCCAACGUUGUAAUGCGUGCUUCUUAGUUCUUCUCUCUUCACUCUACACUCUACACAUUCCGACAUCGUCCAACGAUCAAACUCACUGUUCAGAAACAAAACCCUCUCUUUCUCUGUGUGAUUCAGACCACAUCCUCAGAAUUCGAUUCUGCAUAUUCUGUUUCUGUUUUUUGUCUUUUCUUUGACUAAAUGGAAGUUCAAACUCACACUCUCUCCACCUUCGACAUUCAUCAACCCCAAUUUCGGAGCUCCGAAUACCCAAACCCGACAUUCCCACUCUCCCCUCAUGACCCGCCACUCCAAACACCCACUCACGCGCCGCCAGAGCCUCACACGCUGGGACGCGCGUGCCCCCAGACCACCGCGGCCCUCAAGGUGCAAAAGGUCUACCGGAGUUACCGCACACGGCGGAGGCUGGCUGAUUCCGCCGUCGUCGCCGAGGAGCUCUGGUGGCAAGUGAUUGAUUUCGCGAGGCUAAACCACAGCACCAUUUCGUUCUUCAAUUUGCCUGAGAGUGCUGCGUCACGGUGGAGUAGGGUCAAACUCAACGCUUCCAAGGUGGGAAAGGGUUUGUACUUGGACGCCAAAGCACAAAAAUUGGCUUUUCAACAUUGGAUUGAAGCUAUUGAUCCACGCCACCGCUAUGGACAUAACUUGCAUUAUUACUAUGAAGAAUGGUGCAAAACCGAUUCUGGCCAGCCAUUCUUUUACUGGUUGGAUUUGGGAAAUGGAAAAAAUAUUGAUCUUGAACAAUGCCCCAGAUCCAAGCUCCGAAAGCAAUGCAUAAAGUAUCUAGGACCUCAAGAGAGAGAACACUAUGAAUUCAUUGUCUGUGAGGGGAAGAUUAUCCACAAGCAAUCUGGAGAUUUACUUCACACAAAAGAAGAUUCUAAGGAUGCCAAGUGGAUAUUUGUUAUGAGCACCUCUAAGAAACUCUAUGCUGGCAAGAAAAAGAAGGGAUUAUUCCAUCAUUCAUCUUUCUUGGCUGGUGGAGCUACCUUGGCUGCUGGAAGGCUGGAGGUCGAGCAUGGCGUUCUUAAGUCCAUCUCUGCUUAUAGUGGACACUACCGGCCAACGGAUGACGCACUCAACUCCUUCGUAUCAUAUCUCAAGGAAAACGGUGUCAACAUUGAUGAAGUUGAGGUACGCAAUCCAAAGGAUGAUACCGAUACUUACGAGGACAGCAAGGUUAGUGAAAUAGCCACAGCACCUGAAGAUUCUAGCAAUGGUAAGAUAUCCAAGCCUGUAGUUUCUGAGGAAGCCGAGAACACUGCAUCCUCAAUCAAGGAAGACCCUCAACCUGGAUCUGUUGGCAGUUACAAAAGGACUCUCUCAGGUGGGCUUCAGAGUCCAAGAGCUGAUGUGCCGAAGAAAGCGAUAUUGCAAAGAAUCAAUUCCAAGAAGGCUACAAAAUCCUACCAAUUGGGGCACCAACUUUCGCAUAGAUGGUCAACCGGGGCAGGACCUAGAAUUGGUUGUGUUGCUGACUACCCUGUGGAGCUUAGACUACAAGCCUUGGAAAUGCUUAACCUUUCUCCAAAAGUUCCUCCUUCUCCUUCCUCAUACAGGUUUGUGGGUGGUCUUGUGUCGCCUAUGGCCAAUGGCACUAGAAUUGACAGUGAUGAGAAUUCUGUUCAUUGAGCUAGUAACUGAUCUUAGGAUUAUGAAUGACGCUUCCUGCCUAGUGUAGUAACACUUUAAGGUUUUUUCUGCUAAGCUUUUAAGUUCUUUAGUUAAAUGUAAAAUACCUGUUCUUUGUGUUUGUCUCUACUUUUGAGGACUUGCUGUUAUCUUUAUAAAAUUCAAUCGUUUCUAUUCUCUCAUGUCAUGGUUGUUUGUUUCCACUGAGGUGAAGAUAAAUGAAAAAAGUGUUUAAUGUGA